AAGUUUAUUUAUUUUCGAUUAAUUUUGUUGGUCUUUUGGUUUUUCAUCACUUCAACGUUAGCAGCAGAUUCUCUUGCAUCCCCUGUUUCGAUUCCAGCAGACAUGUCAAACAGGCACACCAUUAUCUUGAUGCAAACUUCACAUAGCAGGGCAACGAGGACAUUUAUGGAUUAUGAUUCCAUAAGUCAAGCUAUGGAUGGGAUAUGUGGAUUAUAUGAAAGGAAACUUAAAGAUCUAAAUCCAGCAUCAGGAAACAUCACUUAUGACAUUACUGAUCUUUACAAUUUCAUUGAUGGCCUUGCAGAUAUGAGCGCCCUUGUCUAUGAUCACAGGAUUCAAGCUUUUUUGCCUUAUGACAGGGAAUGGAUCAAACAGAAACUAUUUCAACACCUUAAGAAGUUGGCACAUUAAU